AUGCACUAAUAAAAGCCACAUGUUGAUUCUUUAGUUUCAACCUCCCCCCUACAAACCAUCUCUUCUCGGGUUCUCCCCUCUCUCACGAGGACCACGAUUACACGAUACGAUGUCAGAAAUGGAGAAACCUCGAGUUACGGAGAUACAAGUUCGAGUAGACUGUAAUGGGUGUGUUCAGAAGAUCAAGAAGGCUCUACAUGGCAUCAAUGGCAUAGUUGAUAUUUAUAUCGACAUCCCUCAACAGAAGCUAACAAUAAUAGGGUGGGCGGAUCCUGAGAAGAUAGUCAAGGCGAUCAAAAAAACAAGAAAAGCUGCAAUAAUUUGUUCAGAAACACAACCAACAGAACCACCAUCAGAAGACGGAGUACCACCUCCUGACCCUUCAAACCCACCCCAAGCUGAACCAGUGCCACCACCAGAACCAGUACUUGAACCACCAAAACAACCAGAAAAUCUACCUCCAGAAGCAACACCAGAGCCAGCACAUUCACCACCACCACCACCGGCGGCGGCGCAAGAACCUCCAUCUACAGACUCUACACCAACACAUAUACCAGAAGAAGCUGAAGAGGUCCACGUCGUGAGCCACUACCCACCAGACCAUGGCUAUAGAAACAGUCAUGAUCGUGUCUAUAAUGCGUCCUUGGAACACUACUCGAAUUCACCUAGUCCAGGGUACAAGCAUGAUCAGCUACCGCAACGCCACCCAAUCCAUGUGAACCACCGAUAUAGUACAUACAACCCUACACCUUAUAUCACUGAAUAUAAACAUAUCCGGCAACCUCCACAAUUCACACAUUACAGCCGACCGGAGCCACCACAACCCUCCACGCAUUACAGGAAACCGGAAGUACCAUUACCGGAACACACACAUCACACUAGAUCGGAACCACCACAACGUUACACACAUUACAACAGACCAGAACCUCCACCACAAGACACACAUUAUGCAAAAUCGGAGCCACCACAACGGUAUACACAUUACAGCAGACCAGAAGCUCCACCGGAAUACAGACGUUACAGCAGACACGAAGCUUCACCAGAAUACACGCAUUACAGCAGACCUGAACCACCGGUGCAGUAUACACAGUACGCUAGAGCCCAACAACCACAACCGUUCACAGAUUACUGCCGGCCAGAGCCACCAACACGGUAUACUCAUUACGGUGACGAGUAUAGUAGCAACGUGAAUGGUAACAUUACCUCCAUUUUCAGUGAUGACAAUCCAAAUGCAUGUACAAUUGUGUAAAGGAAUGGAGGGACUUUUGUGCAAAAGUCGCACUUUUUUGUGUGGGUAGGAGGUUGGCGAGGAAGUUAAGAGAGAAUAAAAUAUUGAUUAACACCAUUCAGAUGACAUUAUUAAUCUCCAUAGAAGCGCAUGUGAUGAUGAUGAUGGGGAAGAAUACGAUACUUAUCUUGUAAGUGCAGGAAGAAUCUAUGCUUCAUUAUGUGGAUGAGAGGGCUAAUACAAUUCAUUAUUGUGAAUAAAUAUAUUCAAAAUUAUUUUAGUAUGGCAA